AUUUCCUGUGAUGUCACGGUGCUUGGACACCAUUUUUCGUGGAGUUUGCAGCUGUUAUCGACGGGCAGAGAGGGGGGGUGGGGCGAGCAGGACGCUUUGUGCAUGGGCUUGCGAGCUCCGGGCUGGGCGAUCUGACAGCCCCUCUGCGAGCUCCGAGGCCAGUGCGGCGCAGAGGCUCGAGCUCUGGCUCAAGAAGCAGCGACGGACGGUCUGGGGCGUUCGCACUCACGGCGGGCCUCUCGUACCGUCCCCGCGGCCGUUUCUCCUUAACCACGGACCAGGUUUCUCUGGUUGACGCCGGCAUGCAGGCGAACGGCGCAGACGACCCAGGACGCGAUGCGGGGACGCCGGGCGGCGAGCCGCUGCGCUCCAACGGGCUGCUCUCCGGCGCUGCCGCUGACGGAGAUGGGCUUUCCCCCGGGACAGGCACCGGAGGUUCGGCCACCCCCGCCCCCCCAGGAUCGGGGUCGAUAAAGAAGAAGAAGCGUCUCACUCAGUGGGAUGAAGACCUCGUCCGACUCAUAGGGCAGCAUCUGCACGGUCUAGGUCUGAACCAGACGGUGGAUCUCUUAAUGCAGGAGUCCGGCUGUAGACUGGAGCACCCUGCCGCUACCAAGUUCCGCAACCAUGUAAUGGAAGGAGAAUGGACCAAGGCUGAGAGCGACCUGAACGAGCUGAAGGCCCUCAUGCGGUCGCCCAGCGCUGUGGUGCGGAUGAGGUUCCUGCUGCUGCAGCAGAAGUACCUGGAGUACCUGGAGGAUGGGAAGGUGCUGGAGGCCCUUCAGGUGCUGCGGGCGGAGCUCACGCCGCUCAAGUACAACACCGACCGCAUCCACGUGCUCAGCGGCUAUCUGAUGUGCAGCCACGCGGAAGACCUGAGGGCAAAGGCAGAGUGGGAGGGGAAGGGGGCAGCUUCUCGCACCAAGCUGCUGGACAAAUUGCAGACGUACCUGCCGCCCUCGGUGAUGCUGCCGCCCCGCAGGUUGCAUUCUCUCCUGCGCCAAGCGGUGGAGCUGCAGCGGGAUCGCUGCCUCUACCACAACACGCAGCUGGACAGCAGCCUGGACUCCGUGUCCUUGCUCCUGGACCACGUGUGCAGCCGGAGACAGUUCCCCUGCACCACCCAGCAGGUUCUCACAGAGCACUGCAAUGAGGUGUGGUUCUGCAGGUUCUCCAACGACGGUACCAAGUUGGCCACGGGCUCCAAAGACGCCACCGUCAUCAUAUGGCAGGUGGACCCUGACUCCCACCAGCUCAGGGCACUGCGCACUCUGGAGGGUCAUGCCUACGGAGUCUCCUACCUGGCCUGGAGCCCCGACGACACAUACCUGGUGGCCUGUGGCCCCGAUGACUGCUCCGAGGUGUGGCUUUGGAACGUACAGACGGGAGUGCUGCGGACAAAAAUGAGCCAAUCGCAUGAGGACAGCCUCACCAGCGUGGCCUGGAACCCAGACGGGAAGCGGUUUGUAACAGGCGGACAGCGGGGCCAGUUCUACCAGUGUGACCUGGAUGGGAACCUGCUGGACUCGUGGGAGGGUGUGCGGGUCCAGUGUGUGUGGUGCUUGGGCGACGGCCGGACGGUGCUGGCGUCGGAUACGCAUCAGCGUAUCCGUGGUUACAACUUCGAGGACUUGACGGACAGGAACAUUGUGCAGGAGGACCAUCCCAUAAUGUCCUUCACGGUUUCUAAAAAUGGAAGAUUAGCUUUGCUGAAUGUGGCAACUCAGGGAGUCCACCUGUGGGACUUGCAGGACCGGACGCUGGUGAGGAAGUACCAGGGCGUGACACAGGGCUUUUACACCAUCCACUCCUGCUUCGGGGGCCUCAAUGAAGACUUCAUCGCCAGCGGAAGCGAAGACCACAAGGUCUACAUCUGGCACAAGCGCAGCGAGCUGCCCAUUGCCGACCUGAGCGGGCACACGCGGACGGUGAACUGCGUGAGCUGGAACCCUGUAUACCCAGGGCUCAUGGCCAGUGCCUCCGACGACGGCACCGUGCGUAUCUGGGGUCCCUCCCCCGAUCCCCAGGACAGCGAGGACCUCGGUGAGGGCUGCCAUAGCAUGGAUAGUUGAUGACUCGAAGAAAGAAGACGUCUCUAGAAAAUGAAUUUAGACGGGGGGCGGAGUCAGGGAGAUAAACACAUUUCACACACAAGAGGCCAGCUGUGACCUCUGACGUGUUUGGCAUGGUCUCACACGGCGCUCCUCCACACGCCUGACCCCCCCCCCCCCCCCCCCC